AUGGAAUGCCAUGAAAAUGAAAAACUGCUUGGUAGUGCUCCUGCGUUAUAUCGCAAUCUGAAGAAGAGAGUCAUGCGAGGCGCACCGGCCAUGGUAAGUCAGGGCAACCUUCGUCAGGGACCGAUGGAAGCAGUCAACGCAGAUCACUUCAAAAACCACAUUCUUGUUGACACCUACCUGAACCUGAAUUCGACGGGUACUGACGUGUUUUUAUUUCAUUUGUUUGUGGGCACAAAGAUCUUGGUUUCAAGACGAGAGGUCAUGCCAACUGGAUCCGACGAAAAUACCAGAUCCUGGCAAUUUUCUUGUGCGAAAUCUUCAGCUCGGGCUUUGAACUGUCAUGCCGCUCUUGGAAUGGGAUGGGCUCACGUGGAGAUUAUGAAAUGUCGUGUUGUCUGGAUUGCGACAUCAAUGCAACAUUUGGAGCUUGCAUAUGACGUACAAGAAAAGAGCAAGGAGAAAAGUUGA